AUGUCUCCCCAGCCGUCCUCCGUUACGGCUCUUUCCGCGCCGGGCAAGGUCCUUCUGACUGGUGGUUAUCUUGUCCUCGACCGCGCAUACACGGGGACCGUCUUCGCACUCGAUGCGAGAAUUCAUGUGGUUGUGCAGCAGUUGAGGAGGGGUCACCGGCGCGGGGCAUCAGGGUCUGGUCCUGCUGUUGGCGAGACGCAGAGUGCCGCCGAGGACCAGGAGGGAGAGAAUACUGUUGUAGUGCGCUCCCCGCAGUUUCUUGAUGCAGUCUGGGAAUACGGUGUGCAGCGAUGCUCUGAUGGUGGGGGUGUCAAGGUCAUCCCUAAGGGCGAUGGACCGCGCAACCCAUUUGUCGAGACGUCAUUGAGCUAUGCCUUGACCUAUAUCAGCUAUGUUGCUGAUUCCAAGGACUUUGGGUCUUUGUCUGUGACGAUCCUGGCGGAUAGUGAUUACUACUCUGAGACUGCUACCUCAAAGGGACCGGCAUCGCAGGAUAGAGCUGGACGCUUUGUGAACUUUGGUGUUCCUCUGUUCGAAGCCCAUAAGACUGGAUUGGGCUCUUCCGCUGCUCUGGUCACUGCUCUUGUUUCCGCAUUGGUUAUUCACCGCACUAUGCAGGCUGAAGAUCUCGGCGCUGGUCGCGAUAAGCUUCACAAUCUGGCCCAAGCAGCCCAUUGCGCAGCUCAAGGCAAGGUGGGAUCUGGGUUUGAUGUCGCCAGCGCUGUCUACGGAUCGUGCCUUUACCGACGAUUCUCACCGUCGAUUUUGGAAUCACUGGGUGAUGUAGGAUCACCUGGGUUUGAGGAGCGCUUGUUCCCAAUUGUCGAAGACUCAGAUACGGAACACCCAUGGGAUACCGAGUGCGUGGACUUUGGCAUGCAGCUUCCGCGCGGGAUGCAGCUGGUUCUGUGCGAUGUGGACUGUGGUUCCGGAACCCCAUCCAUGGUUAAAAAGGUCCUUGAAUGGAGAAAGGCCAACCGCAAAGAAGCGGAUAUCCUCUGGGCUAGCCUUCAGAAUAACAACGAGCGCCUCCGCCAGGAGCUCAAGCGUCAGGCUCAGCACCCAGAUGCCGCCGGGGACUUCUCAGAUAUCCGUACUCUUCUCGAGCGUACGCGCCAGCACAUUCGCACGAUGACCCGCCGGACGGGAGUGCCCAUCGAGCCAAGCGUACAGACUGAGCUGCUGGACAGUGUUUCAGAGCUCGAAGGUGUCAUUGGGGGGGUGGUUCCCGGAGCUGGAGGUUACGAUGCCAUUGCGAUCCUAAUUCGGGAUGAUCCCACCGUUGUCGCGCGGCUGAGAGAUCAUCUUGCGAACUGGACGAGCACAGCCGACGAUGAUUUUGGGGGGAAGAUCGGCAACGUACGACUAUUGGGCGUGCGGCAUGGUUCCGAAGGCGCAAAGAAUGAAAUGCUUGAGCAGUAUGCCGGCUGGGUCUAG